UAUAGAUUAACAAAUCGUAUCAAAGAAAGAGCAGUGCUGUUGGGAAUAAAGUUGAAGGAGGAAGGAGAAGAGUGGAGAUGCUGCCGACACAUUCUGCUCAGCACCACGGACAGCGAACGAUUGGUAGUUUGGACACAAACGAUCCAUCGAUAUUGGACAAUAACUGAAGAAUCAGAGGACUGAACUAACAAUGAGGAAUAUGGUUCGUUUUAAUCUGAUUACACAGAGACUUGGUCUUUUUCUCUGCUAGCCAAAGUAAGCAUGUUCUUGUCUUGAUCUCUGAACAAAUAAUUAACUUAUAGUGUAUACGUAAUUUAGAAACAUAGAUUUCAAAUUGGGAGUACAACGAGUCAUAAAGCAUAGAGUUGAGAUACCACUUGUGCAGGCAUAUCCUACAUUAAACAGUAUCGACUACAUUCAUAGCACAUGCAUUAUUACAGAGCUUCUAGUCAAGUGGGGCUGCUGUGCGUAAAAGCCGUGGCACUGUUCCCUGCGAUGCUCCCGCUUGGCGCAAGACACAGCGGAUGAACAGAAGAGACGUCAAUAAUCAGACAUCUGACUGCGAUUACAUCUGUGGUGGUUCAUUAAAAACAAAGAUUUCUAGUGCGUAAUUACGGAUAGGACUCCUUGUUGGAAACUUGUCAGAAUGCCAAUUUGUUCUUAUUGGAGAUGGCUUAUGGCGCGCGGUGCGCAUGAAGAAGACACACACAAGGUAUUUCCAGGAAAACAGUACCGGUAGGCGAACUAAUCGUGUUCUUCUUUGCGGUAAGCGCGCACGCGUGCAUUUUGAGUCACUCUUUCGUGCACAAACACACACUUAACACUUAAGGUCAGGUGGGCCGAACCACUUUUUCUUAGUUUGUGUGUGUUGGCUGUUGAAUCUCCUCGUGUUUCUGUUCCAAAGUAUGGAUGGAAACUAACAUGGCAGAAGUAAAGACCUUCUUUGUCUAAAUCAGUGAAAACACAAGGAAACAAAUCUACAUCUGGACUGGCGACAUUUAUCCUCUCUGAAACCCACAAUGGAGCCCCUAGACCAGACCUACUGGUUUCCCCUGUCAUCAGACCUCAACUCCUCUGCAGCCAGCCCCUCAUCCUUCCUCUUUUCCUACCCCUACCUCUUCAACAUCUCCUCCAACCUGUCCACUCAAAGCGUCCCCUUUCAGGGCAGCAGCACUCUGAUGACAGCAGUCAUCUCCCUCACAGUCUUCAUGGUGGGUCUUACUGGCAACACUCUAGCCAUCUAUGUGGUGCUGCGCUAUGCCAAAAUGAAAACAGUCACCAACAUCUACAUCCUGAACCUGGCUGUGGCCGAUGAGCUCUACAUCAUCGGGCUCCCCUUCCUCACCACGCAGAACGUGCUCUCCUAUUGGCCGUUUGGCUCCUUCCUGUGCCGUGUGGUCAUGACGGCAGACUCUAUGAACCAGUUCACCUCGAUUUUCUGCCUGACAGUCAUGUCCAUAGAUCGUUACAUGGCCGUGGUUCAUCCAAUCCGCAGCACCAAGUGGAGACAUCCCCGCGUGGCCAAGGUGGUGAGCGCAGCCGUGUGGGCCGUGUCCUUUGUGGUGGUCCUGCCAGUGGUCAUCUUCUCUGAUGUUCAGGACACAUUUAACUCCUGCAACAUGAUCUGGCCAGAGCCAAAGAAUGUGUGGUCAACAGCAUUCAUUCUCUACACUGCCACAGUGGGCUUCUUUGGGCCGCUGCUUAUCAUUUCCCUCUGCUAUCUACUUAUCGUUAUCAAGGUGAAGUCCUCAGGGGCGAGGGCAGGCUUCACCAAGCGUCGGCGUUCGGAGCGCAAAGUGACAAGGAUGGUGGUGGUGAUCGUGGUGGUGUUUGUUCUCUGCUGGCUGCCAUUCUAUAUCAUCAACAUGGUCAACCUGGUGGUCAUCAUCCCAGAGUCCAGCACCACUGCCGGCAUUUACUUCUUUGCUGUCAUCCUGUCCUAUGCCAACUCCUGUGCCAACCCGGUACUCUAUGGCUACCUGUCGGACAACUUCAAGCAGAGCUUCAGAAAAGUGCUGUGUAUGAGGAGUAUGAAGUGCAAGGCGAGUGGUGUAGAUGAUGGUGACCACAGCGCUCCGCGCACAGAGAAAACCACAGCACACGACUGUGUACCGCUUUCCCCUCGUAACCAGGUCUACCAUGAUCCUCAGAGCAGCCAGAUGCUCAUAAACACACCAAAGUCAAAAGAACAAUUUCCCAAGUCAGGAGAUGGGACCAUCCAAGGAGCAUGUGAAUGCAACAGAUAUCUCAUCACCCUCCAGGCUCACCUACCUCUCACACAGCAGCAGACCUGCACUGCUCCACCCCUACAUGCCUGUCUCCAUCCACUUGCCCAGGAAUCAGACCCACCACUAUGGUGACCUCCAAAGCAGCCUCCAUAGUACCCUCUAUGGUAACCCGGGCUGAACUUCCUACCAUCACUGCGCUGACUACGCCCUCCUCCUCUUUAUCCAUUACUCCACCGGAACUGUAGCCAAUGGACAAUGAAUGUCAGGUGUGUCAAGUGAUACAAGAAGCUGAGGAGGAAAAACAUGAAAUGAGAAUAUACAUGUGAAAGCAGAGGGGUUGGAUUAUCUGAUCAAUAUGGCAUGGCUUUUCUGCUGUUGUAUUAAAAAUAUCUAUUUGUUGGUCUAUUUUCUGAUACACACACAUGAAAACUCAUUCUAAAUGCAUUGCAAUAUUGACGCUUCGCAUUGGUGAAACAACCUCAUUAAUACUUUUCUCGUCUUGAUGUGUAUCUGUACAUGCAUCUCUCAGCUGUUUACCAAUUUGUGUUUCCAUCCAGCCAUGUAACAUAAGUGCCUUUUCAAUCAGCAAUCAUCAUGGCUCCUGAAUGGACACAGAAAUAUUUUUAUGUGUUCCUUCUCUCGUUUUCUUAACAGGGAGACUUCUUCUUCAAAGUAAAAGACCCAUAGAGUUAUCUUAAAAGGGAACUGGGGCUGGUCACAUAACACAUAAGAAUGUACAGUAUAUACAUUUCAGUAUCAAUAAAGCCAUUAAGGAUCUACUUUAUGCCAGGGGAUAGGAUUUCCUGCAGGUACCCAAUGUCAUAGUUUUAUUUAGGUAAAUCAGGCACCACAGGGUACAUUUUUGCAACCACACUUUGUGAUUAGAUGAAAGGUGUUUGCCUAUUUCAGCUUUAAUCAAACAGCUAAACAUCACAACACACUACUUCAGUGUCAACUUUUUUCUCUAUUGUAGUAAAACAAUGCAUUUUUCCAUUUCAAAGUCCCACUAACUUCUGCUGUCUUUACUUCAUUUUAAUAAUUAAAUUAUGAUGAAUGACGUUGA